AUGAGCAAUUCCAAUUCUCCUCCCAACGAAACACCCCAAGAAACCUCCCAACAAACUACCCAAGGAAUCCCUCUAUCCCGAUCUAGCAGCUUAACCCUAAUCCUCGAUACACCCAAAGGCCGCGGAAUCUUCGCCUCCAAACUCAUACCCGCACACACCAUCCUCGAAGUAUGUCCCGUCCUCGUCCUUGAGCCUACCGAGAACGAAACACACAUUAGAAAAACAGAAUUAUAUCAUUAUACCUAG